AUGGCGGAUCAUGAGAACUUCGAAGAGGAUCUCUUCGCAGACCUCUACAAUGACGACGAGCCGGCUGCCAAAGCUCCCGAAGUACCAAGCCAAGCAGCACCUGCUCCUGCUCCGGCGCCCGAUACAGCUGAUGCGGCAAACGAUUACCACUAUAACCCCGAGCAAAAUGGCGGAGAUUCUUAUAUGAAUAACAAUGAGGAAGUCGAUGAUGAUGACGAUGAAGUUGAUUUCAACCUGGGUAAUGGAACCACCACGCACCAUGGCGAGACGCCAACGUCCUACAACGCGCCACCGCCUGCAGCCCCUCCGACGAAGGGGCCUAAUGCCAAGGAAGAUGGGUAA